UCGAAAUCGUUGGCUCGUAACGAUCAAUAUGAGAAUAUUAAACGUGUUCGGAUUUUUUGGUAUUCUCUGCAUCAAUUUCGAACAAUUCACUGCUUUCAAUAACAAAAUGGAUAUUCGGUCUGGGAUAAAUGGAUUUGACGGAUAUAAAGUAUCGGAUUUGGAUAUAGUGAAACGAAAUUGCAAGAAUUUGGAAACUUUAUCGCCAUUAUUACGCCUUAAAAAGCAUCUUUUUUGCGAUUACGAUGAUACUGUUUAUCCCAAUUAUCCUAAAACAACCAAUGUUACUCUGAUCUUGAUGCCAAGGCAAAUGAAUUUCAAAACAGACAAUGCUAAGCUAUUAUUGCACAGUUGGAUGUCACUUACGUGGAUGGAUCCGCGACUUACUUGGACACCGAGCGAUUACGACGAUAUAACUUUUAUUCAUGUAAAAAGCUGGGAGAUCUGGACGCCCGAUCUAUGUCUCAACAAUUCUGCCGAUAUGUCGAGUGAUCAAUAUGGGCUACCUACGACAGAGUGUUUGCUCUUCAACUCGGGCUCCGUCAGCUGCGUCCCCGUAGUAAAAUUUAUUUCAAAAUGCGAUCCCGAUUAUACGUAUUGGCCUUACGAUAAACAUCAAUGUCGCGUCACGUUUAUUUCAUGGAUGCACAAAGGGGAAGAAGUCGAUUUGCUGAUGAGUGGAAUUGGGAUUAUUAUGAGCAGUUACAUAAAUGACACGAGGUGGGAUUUCAAGUUUAUCAAUUCGAUGAGGGAAGUCAAAAAAUAUAAGUGCUGCCCGAACGACACGUAUCCAAAAAUCAAUUAUAACUUCUUGUUGACGCGCCAUCACGGCAAACAUCACUCGUCUAUUAUCAUACCGGCUAUCGCUUUGAUGUUACUCACUUUAAUAGUACUCUGCCUCGACUUGAAGUCGGUUGAACGAAUGGCGGUAGCAAGCGUGAAUUUUGUUUGUCAUUUUCUCUGUAUGUAUGUUGUGCAUUGGAGUAUACCAUACAACAGGACUAAUCCCCCUAAUAUAUUGUUAUUUUACCGUGAAUCCUUGGCACUGGCUACCUUCGCGAUAAUUCUAACGGCUUUGUUACGCAAACUGGAAGAUAUGAGCACAGAGAUACCAAAUUGGAUCUCGUUUACUACAGCAUUUGUUUUGAACAACAAAGCUGGGCGUUUUCUGAUCCUUAAAGACGACGAGUCUAAUUGUAAGAUAAUAGACAGAGAUAUUGUGACUGAAGAAAACUUGGAUGCUCCCAAAUCUGAAAUAAGCACGAAGGAAUCGUCCUGGAAAUACUUUGCUGCUAUUAUCGACUGGUUAUCUUUCUUUUGUGUGAUUCUUACUUACGUUAUCGUCUUGAUUAUUCUAGUACCCGCUGGUUAAUCUGUGAUAAAAAAUAUUAACGCUGGAA